CUCGGCUCUCUCUUCUCUCUUCUCUCUUCUCCCUUGUCUCGCCUCCCUCUCUUUUCUUUUCAUUCUUAUUUUUCUACUGCUGUUUUGUUGUUGCUGAUCUCCCCUUUCGAUGUUCACUGUUGCUGUUACACAUUGUUGUCCUUACCUCACUGCUGCUACACACUGCUGCCCUUACCUCACUGCUGCUGAUACACACUGCUGCCCUUACCUCACUGCUGCUGCUACACACUGCUGCCAUUACAUCACUGCUGAUGCUACUCUCAGUUGUUGUUUACUCUCCGUUGGUGCUGAUCUCUCUACAAUCGGCUGGACUUGUCUUCAUCAACUAAAGGUGAACUGCAUCUCUUUAUUUUGGGGGACCUUGAUCUCUUCUUUUCUCCUUAGAUCUGAACAGCAGUAUGGUAUGGGCUAUGCUGGAUGGAGAACUGAGGCUUUGGAGUUGGCAAAUGUACUUCUUGAUAGGGAAUUUAUUUCGAAAGUUGUCUUCAGAUGCUUGAGCAGAAUUUUUCCCAUGCUUAAUGUAUACAAAGAACUCACAAAUUUUUAAGGCAAGACAUACUCUGCUUCUGUUCCUUGAUUUGGGUCUCUAAUAUAUGUUUAUGUGAGUGACAAAUUGGGAUCAGUUCUUAUUAUAUCUCAGUAGAGGUAGUUUGCCUCCUUAGCGACUUCUGUUGGUACAUUUCUUUCAUCAAUGAGAGGAUCAAAUUGAUCUUAUACUUGAAGGUGGAUUAGUGGGAUGAUUAUUGAGGAUUCAAGGGAUGCAUCUACAGUUUCGCAUCUCCAUCUGUAGCUCGGAUAUUGAAAGCAAAACUAAUGACAUGUGAACCAUAAAUGGAAUUCCAGAAAAAUUGAUUGAAGAGUCCUAUUACUCUCACAUUCUUCAAUAGUUGGAAUUUAACAAGUUCUGAGCAUGCAAGGAAGCCCUUUGUGUUUGGUCUCCCAGUACCCGAUUCUUAGUUUCCAAAGGAAAUGGUGAAAAAUAAGAUAGAAAUGUACAGGGUUUGAGGUUGAUUUAAUAUGCCUGUAAGAGUUAAGGUGGAAUUCGACCCAUCAGAAAGAAUCAUGUAAUGAAGCAAUGAUGAAUGCAGUCAACUCAAAUGAGUAAUUGAUUGAGAGCCUUGUUUCCUACUUUAAAUCUUCAGGGAGUAGUUUGUAUUUUUAUGGAUACUAUUUGGAUUCUUUCCUUAUUCUGUUUUGGUAUGAAUUUGUAUAUGAAGCUUGAU